GGGCGGUCCUAUAGGGAGAGGCGGACCUAUGGGCAUGGGUCCUCCUCCACCCCCACCCAUGCACCUGAGAGGCCCCUACCCACCAAUGCACAGACACGGCCCCCCUCCGCCUCCCCCCCUGGGCCACCCUGGUUUUAGAGGGCACCCACCACACCCCAGAGGAAGAGGCAUGUCCCCCGGACCCCCACGCCACUUCCACCCCAGGGGCCCCAGAGGCUACCACAAUGGACCAGCUUCUCCUCCUCAUCAUCCCCCACCUGGCAGAGGCCAGAGGUGGCCAGGGCCCCCUGGUGGCCGACGGUUUUAACGCAGCCUGCCCUAAAAUAAUACAGUAACAGAGAGCUUUACAGUCUAUAGCAGCAAGCCUACUGGGCUGGGGUGGCUAAACUGAGCUAAGAGCACCUUAAUAUGUGUCAUAAAAAGAAGACCCCUUUUUAAACAUCCUUAUGGAACACCCUGUAGCCAAAUAUCUGGAUAUUGAUAUCGUAUACCAGAGGAGAAGAUGUGAAUCAACAAGUGGACACUUAAAUGCCUCAGACCUUAACAGUACAUAAAGGCAUUCUCACUUUCAUUGUAACUUUUGUUAUUAGAAAAAAAUGUGCUCUUGGUAUUAGGACAAAGUUGUAUAGUAUUGAGAGAAUGAAAAUAUGAUUAAAAAAAGAGUCCCAAAGGGAUGAUAAGUGUUGAUAUUCAAAUCCCUUAGAUGUCAUGUGGUCUUGUGGUGGUCACUCUGUGAACCUUAAGGAAUAUCUGACCCUAAUAAAAAGAGAAAUUACACAUUGUGUGUGAGUGAGAAAGAAAAGAAGGCAAGAAAGAAAGAAAAAAGAAAGCAAUGUGCAACAGCCCUCAAGCACCAGUUACUAGCACUAGUUUCUUACACCUUGGACCUCCCUAACUUUCCCUUUUGUUACGUGGAUAUACUUUUGUAUUACAACUUCACCAAGCAGUACACAACUACAGCAAAAGCUGUUUAGACUCACAUACACAUUCUUAAGUGAAAGACAAUAUUUUUCAUGUCAAGUAUUCAUGAUUAUUUUACGUGACAUUUUUAUAUGAUUAAUGUGCAGCUAUUUUAAGUUAAUGCAUAUUGCUAUUUGGAACAAUUCAUGCUUGUGUUCAGCAAUCUAUAUUGUGGAAUGACUAAAGAACUUAAAUUAAUACUAUAUUGAAAUAAUAUAACAAAUAUAUAGUAUAUAUACUAGCAGCAUUUACAGUAUAUUUCAAAGCAAAUUACGAAACAAGUAAUUGCUUCAGUUUAGUCUAAGAUACUUACUAUUCAGUGUGUUAAGUUUUGAAGUGUUAUCAUACGUUAUACUUACUGUAACUGACAUAACUUUGUGGAUUUGUGGAUGUACUUUUGGAAAAC